CAAUCCCCUCUCAUCUCCGUCCCACGCAAAACAACUUCUGACGUGGAUUGGGCCGGGCCGAUACGGUCCGUCAUCGCUCAUAGCUAUGGUGAAGAUCCCAACAAUUACAACGAAGAAUGCUCAGUCUUGCAUCGUUGCAGACAAGAUGCUGUCAAAGGCGCGGGAAGUGAUCAAACUGCCAGAGAUCUACUAUACAAAUAUUUCGGUCAACUGGAACUGCUCGAGCUACGUUUUGCAGAGAUCAAAAUCGCUUUUCCAUGGCAAGUCCCAUUUACCCUUGUUACGAAUGACGCUUUCACCGGAAAACUCACCACUCAAACCUCUCUGGCCUUCGAAAAAGCUUCAAUCAUUCAUCUCCUUGCUUCUGUCCUCUCUUGUCUCGCUGCUACCUCGUCACGGGCCGAUCCGGAGGGUGUGAAAAGAGCAUAUUACAAUUCUAGAGCCGCCGCUGGCAUGUUAACAUAUAUCAACGAAAACUUCCUUCAUGCUCCUUCUACAGACUUAUCAAGAGAAGUCGUUCAUCUACUGGUUGGAAUAAUGAUGGCUCAAGCUACCGAAAUCUUCACUGAAAAACUUGUCGAUGAAAAGAAAGCUCCAGCUUUGGUGGCUAGAUCUGCCAACCAAGCAGCUAGCAUGUACUCCGCACUAGUAGAAGAAAUGAAGGAAUUCCAAGGGAAAGGAGUGUUCGAUAGGCACUGGUUUCAUGUCUUACAAAUCAAAUCUAAACUAUUCGCCUCCUUAGCUCAAUAUUAUCGAGCAACGGCAGAUACAGCUUCGAACAAACAUGGCUCGGCAGUGGUCCGACUUAAACUUGCCGAUAUGUUAGCUCAAGAUGCCAAGAGUCAAGCAAGUUCAUUCGCUUAUGUUUUUGUCAGCUCCGCUACUCCCACACUACCACAUGACGCCGGUACCAGUCUUCAAGAAAUUUGUAAAGCUCAUGCGGCAUUAUGUGCGGAAAGUAAAACUCAAGCAGUAAAAGAUAACGAUUUGGUUUAUCAUGAUAUUUUACCUUCCGAAUCUACUCUGGCUCAGAUCGAAAAACUUCCUCCGGCAGCACCAGUCACCAUACAAGAGGUAUAUGGGAAUCAGGAAGUGUCGAAACUCAUCGGACCAGAUAUAUUCAUACGACUCAUUCCUUUAGCAGUACACGAAUCAGCUUCGGUUUAUUCAGAGGAGAAAGCUAAACUCGUGCGCGGCGAAGUGGAAAGAGUGGAUCUUUCUGAGGUGGAGGUUAGGGCGGGGUUGGAACAUGCGGGUUUGCCUGGGUUGGUAAGCGUCUGGAGAAAGAUGAUCGACGAUGAAUCGGAAGAUUCGGAGCAGGUGGACAUUAGCGGUAGUUUGCGUAGAUUGAGUCAGUAUGUAAGGGAUGGAGGAUCGACGGAGAAUUUGAUGAAGAAUCUGGAGAAUGAAAGGGAGAGAUGUGAGAGAGAAUUGAGGGAGUUGAGUGGAUUGUUGGAAAACGAAAGUAGAGAGUGUGAACGUAUGAGGGCAAAAUACGCACCGAAUUUCACUCAAUCUCCUUCCGGGCCACAAACAACACAUUUCAGAUCUACCAUCUCUUCCAAUCUCGGUGCCCUCUCCUCUGCCGCGAGCUCAGAUGCGAACCUCUCCGCUUUAUGGCAGAGUGUCCAACCUAAGAUAACGGUUCUUGCUUCUGGAGAAGCGGCGUUGGAACGUACCGCAGCGGAUGUGGCAUCUGGCAGAUCGGCAGCGCAGGUGCCGGUCCCGGUGAUGUCGUUGUUGGACUUGCGAGAUGAAGAACCGAUCAGCCAUGGACUCGUGGGAGAGGAGAAAGAAGAGUUGAAGAAAGCCAUUGGGGAGGCUACUGAGAAGUUGGAUAGGUUGGGUAAGAUCAGAAGAGAGAGGGACGAGGUGUUGAAGGAUCUGAAAGAUAAGGUGCAAAACGAUGAUGUUUCUUCCUUACUUUUGCUCAAUCGUCGAACGCAAGAUGUCGAACCUCAGCUUUUCGCCUCAGAGCUCGAAAAGUUUCGUCCAUAUCAAGGUCGUCUCGCCUCGGCUGUUCAAGCAUCAAGAUCAACAUUACAAGAACUACAAAUGCUCGUGUCCCAAGUGGAAAGCGGCAAAGGUGUGAAAGAACGUCAACGUUCCUCUCGCCAGCGCUCAAAACGUAUCCGGGAAUGGGAACAGAAAAUCGAAUCAGCCGGUGAGACAUACACCGAAAUCAGGGGUGGAGUGGCGAAGGGUAUGUCAUACUACGAAUCUUUGUCCCGAAUCAUCGAUAAUCUUCGAAAAGAAAUUAAAUCUUUCGUCUUGUCUAGAGAGGCAGAGAGGAACAGGAUGAUUUCGGAAAUUGAGACUCGACAAAGACUUGGGGGAUCUCCACCCCCUCUCCCAUCUCAUUCAGACAGAGGAAUCGAUACACAGCUGUCUAAUCUAUCUCUGGGAUCUUCUAGUUAUACUCCCUCACCCCAACCGAUGAUGUAUGGCUCAACGCCGACUUUACCUCCUCCUCCCCAAGCACCCACUCCGAGAUUCCCAUCUCCACCACGAGGCCCAGCAGGGUAUCCUUCGCCACCCACACAUCCACCGAAUACGUCGUCACCAUAUGACUUUAGCUCGUUGAGUAAUUUGCCGGCGGCUUUCUCUACUACUCCCUCAGGACAACCACCCAUGCCCCCCAGACCAGCAGCGGGACCCCCUCAACCU